AGUGCGGCCCGAGCGUUUGUCGGGAGAGGUACUUUCGGCUGCUGUUACAACACCGCGAACACAUGACAGCCUGAAAAAAAAAAUUACGUAAAUAUUACAACGCUCACGCAUUGAUUAUGAAACGUCUGUAACUGUGUAGCAGCAGCACUGUUACCACUCAGGGUACUGUUAAAGCCAACAGUUUGUGUAAGUAGUGUGAAUCGAAAGAAAAUCUUGGUUUGAAUUUGUGAUAUCCUGUAUGACCCUGGUGAUUUUAUUUUAUUAUAUCGUAUCCUGGUCCCGUUCCGUGGUGUUCAGUUAAUAGUCUAACCCUGUGUUCCGUUGUGAUUUAUUUCUGAUUGGAUUGUCACUUGUUUUUUUGAUGUGACAGUGCUGCCAACAUCGUGUAGACCUAAUCAAUGACUGUGCCAAUUUCCGUGCCAAAUAUGGCGUUGUCCGAUGCUGGUGUGACUUUCAUCGUGUUAUAACUUCUAUUGGUGCCGUUAUUUAGUUAUGAAACGGUGAAAAAUACACAAAAUCAAAAUGGGACGACGACGCUGGAGAUUCAUCACUAUCGCUUCGUGCCUGCUGUUUAUAAUAAAAGACACACAGUGUCAAGAUGAAAACGACUUUUACUACACGCCGGUAGAACGAAGUUUUGCUCAAGUACAACCGCCUUUGUUUCCAAAUAGUCGACCCUCGACUUUCUUCGAUCACGGAGACAACUUUAGGGUUUCGUCAGCUGCACAACAGCCUUUAUAUAAUGAAGGGCAUAUCCGCUUUCCGAGCCCUAACUACAACCAAAAUCCUUCACCUUUUCAGUUGCCCACCGGCAGAAGUCAGUCCGGCACGCAAUAUUACAUAAAUCAACCUGAAAUAGGAACACCCCAACGACAAAGAUUCAGGCCAGCUUUACCGUUCAAUUACCAGUUGGUGCAUCCAGCUUCAACCAAAAGGCCUGAUGUCCCACAGCAAAUACAUUCUGUUGCAUACCAAAAUGAUCCAUCUAAACCAGAAACGUUCUUAGGUCAGAUAACCAUCAACAAUCCCGACAUCGACUACCUCCGAAAUAGUAAAUUUAAGAAUAUACCAUUUGAUGGUAACAGUUUAAAAAUUAACGGACAAAGUGGUCAUAUAUCUCAUGAUGAGGAUAUAGAUCAUGAUAAUCAAGAUCUCUUUGAUCAUCACAGGGUUACUACAUAUAAUCCUAGUAAAUUAGUUAGUAAACAAAGACUGAGUAACAGACCGAAUAACUCACGGUUCUCUUCUCUUGAUACAGCUUCUUUAAAUGAUAAAACGAAUUACCAAAGCACUCCUAAUAAAGUUGGAUUUAGUAACAAUAAACCCUCUGAUACUGACGCUAGUAUCUACCGUAGUUCUUCAACUGAAUACAAAGCUCUUCUUGAUAUAGAACCAUUACUUGAAGAUGAUAUAAGUGAUAUAAGUUCAUUUAGAGAAUUAAUGAAAAAUACACAGGGUUCCUUUGACGUUGAAGUCAUAAAAUCAAAUCAUAGUGACAUAGACUCAGAUCAAUCUGAUGAUAGUAAGCCUGAUGCUAGUUCUAUGAAUAUGAAUAAUAUUUCCAAACAAAAAACUUUCACUAAUGAAGGAUCUAGUACAACUGUAUCAUCUACUACUAAAGUGACAACCACAGAAAAAACUACAGAAGAAGAGCAUUCUCAUGAUGAUAUGAGUAGCGAUGAAAUUGAAGAUGAAGAAUAUGAAUACUACGAUGACACUGAAAGUCCAGAACUAAAACACACUACUGAAAUACCUCAUUCUACGGAACAUGCUACAGAUAUUUACGAUGAAUAUGAUUCUUCUGAAGAAGUUGAAAAUACUACGGAUGAAUCAAAAACUAAUUCAACAGAAAAGUUUGAUGUUUUGGUUAUGAAACCUGAGAAAACUAUGGUCCAAGAUGAUAAUUUCAAACAUUUCGUGGAUACUACAAUGAUCGAUCAAACGGAAAAUAUAACAACUAUAUCAAACACCGAAUCAUCCCUUUUUAAUGAAGAAAUCAGUUCAAUUGAAAUACCUUCAAUUCUUGGUCAAGAAGUUGUCUCUGUUGUUACUACAAAAAGCGUCGUGAAUGGAACAAUAUCUAUUCCUGAUGUUACUUUUGCUCCAACUACCGCAAAAGUCAAUGUUAAAGUUGACUUAUCACAACCCACAGAAGAGAAAUCAACUAAAGAGUCAUCAACAUCAGUAACUACCGAAAAUUGGAUAGUAGUAGCAUCAGUUCAAACAAGCAGAAGUGUUUCUGGUGCUCGCUUUUUACCAUUCCCAGCAGUAGGGCAGGAAGAAAAGAAACAAAUUUUGUCAGAUGAACAAGACGAUGAAGAAGAUGAAGAAGAACAUGAACCUGUUACCAAAAACCCUAAAUUUGAUGAUACCAAAAACAUCUCGAAGAGUUUAUCUUCAACGGAAAAUAUAAAUGAUAAAUUAGACAGUAUACAGUCUGAGUUGUCAAGUGAUGUACUAUCUGGUUCUUUAAAUAACGUCAACAAAAACAUCGAACUUAUAACAGAAUCUACUACUGAAUCUACUACGGAGUUGACCCCUUCUACAACAACCACUACAACUCCUUCUUCAUUAAAUGUAUUUACAUUAAAAAGCACGCAACUGCCUAAUAUUACUGAAAGAUCUUCCCCUGAUCCUCUGCCAGUGAUGAUAAAGAAAUUUACACCACGACCCUCAACAUCAACAACUACACCAAAACCAAAGAAAAAAUUAGUAACUGUAAUGGAUGAUUUAUCAGGAUUUUUACCACCUGGAUACAAACCAAGAUUGUCAUUUAAAGAUAAGCGCACAAGUACCACUACAACAACAACAACAACUACUACAACUACUACUACCAGAAAACCAGUGCUAUUAUUUGAUGAAACAAGUAUAAAUGAAACACAAGGCCGAUCGUCCGGUAUAAAUACUAAAAACAGAGUCAUCAUAUUAGAUGACAAGUCUUUGCUUCCUAAAGAAUACAAACCUAAACAACAUAAACAACAAGAAGAUCUCGUGAAAAAGUUUCAGAGAGAUGAUAUAAGCAAAUUGUUACCAGCAGGAUUCAAAACAACGUCUUCUGAAGCUCCUGAACACAAAGACACAACUAAAUCAAUUUUAGAAAAAGUGCAACAUGUCGAUAUUUCAUCAUUUUUACCAAAAGGUUAUAAUGAAAAUGCAUCUACGACUGAAAACUCGAAAUUAGUUCCCAAAGUUGUACCUGUUAGUGACAUAUCAGCAUUUUUGCCUCCAGGAUUUAAAAUUAAUUCCACUGAAAAAGAAACUAAUGAGGGUCCAAUAUUAACAAACGUUAAAAUUGCUGACUUAUCAAGUCUACUGCCACCUGGUUUCAAACUUAAUAAAAGUGAAGAAGAAAGUAGUGCAAGCACUAGCACAAGCACCACAAAAGCACCAGGAGGAAUUAAACUUGUAUUUCCCUCAAGACCAGGUGGUAGAAAAACUACUGCCAGACCCAACACAAGUAUAGGUCCAGCACCGGUAACUCCUAAGAUUCAAAAGGGUUGGCCCACAAGAGCAUCAACUGAGUUUACUGGUUGGCCAUCUCCGUCUACUACACCAUUUUCAAUAGAUAAGUUAUUGGAGGCACAAAGAAAUGCCACGGCAACAAGUCCAAUGCCAGACUUGAGCACAGAAUUAACGACUCGACGACAUACAACGACUACGACCACGACACCAGCACCACCACCACCGACCACUCCAGGCGUUUGCAGAAAAGAAUGUGAUAUUGCUGCAACUAUAAAGAUUGUUGCUGGAGCAAAAUGGGUUCCAGAAUUAUUAGACCGAAACACACAAGAAUGGCAAAGGCUAGCCAAUGAAGUGAAAGAUGAGCUUAAUUCUGUAUAUUCAAAAGCCAGCAAUUUAAAAAAGUGGUAUAAAAAUAUUCGAAUAGAUGGAUUUAGUCCUGGGUCAAUCUUAGUUGACUAUUUCAUUGAACUAAAUGAUGUCCAAGAGAGAGUUGAUACAAUAGAUUUGAAGAAAAUGUUCCACCGGUCACUUCAUGAUGCAAAACCAGGUUCCGUUGUUGAAGAAACCAAACCAGAAUCCACUGAUGAAUUUGAUCCAGACCAAAUGAUGGGUGAUCAACCAGAUGAAGAUAGAAUGAGAAAAAGUGACGAGAAGAUGACUAAAACAAUAGACAAAUCUGCCGGUAAAUUGGAAAUAGGAAAAUUUAUUAUGGAUCCGGCAUAUACUGAAUUUAUAGUUUUACCCAAACGUGAAGAACCAACUCCAGAAAUUGAACCUGAUGAAGAAUCAUUCUUGCCACAAUGGGGCAUCGCUGUUAUUGUUAUAGCACUAGCUUCGCUCUUAUUCGUUGUGAUAUUCGGCGUCACCGUGCUGGUGAAUCGACAAAAGAGUGCAAAAGCUAAACAGCCUAUACCACUUAGUGAAGAUAUGCUCCGAGAGCUAGACAAGAGUCAUAUGGGAGGAUUUGAUGAUAUGCAUCAGCUUAAAGAUAGAGAUCUACCCUAUCUUCCAUCUGGAAAGAGAUUAUCGACGGCUUUCAUUGAGCAGCUAGCAUACCCGAAUCCAGGAGACUCCUGGAGAUCAGAAUGGACACCGCAGUUGCAGAAGUACAUGCAACACUAUACACCAGACUCCGGUCGAGGGUCGCAGACAUACGGGCCUGUUGGAAAUGGAUACGGAUAUGGCGGAGGGUCGCAACUCUACGGUCAAACUGGGGGAGGUUCACAACUGUACGGGUACACAGGGGAAUACCCGCGCUCACACUACUCGCGCCGGCGAUCAGAAUACGAUAGCAACUUCUAGAAUACACAUCAUUAACUUCUAGAAUUCUCUGAGACUCGGCACACUUUUGACAAUAUCAUCUUUAUAACCACUUUAAUUAAUAUUCCGAAACUGUUCUGUCAUUUCAUAUUCGAUCAUCAACAUCUGUAACAGGUUGUGAGAAAUAUGUUCUAUUAAAUUAUAAUAAUCAAAUUUAAAUUGUAUAUCACAGAAUUUAUAUACGUAUUUUAUAUUGUUAGCAGUAAUAUUUACAGCAGCUUUUAGUCCGGCCUAUUUAGGACUACAGUGCCAACCCUAUUUUUUGCGUUUUGUAUUUAACAUAUAAUUAAAAAACAACCGACAACUGAAAUAGUUUUAAAAUUGAUAAAUUAUCUGCCAAAAUCUUUACUAUACGACUGAUUGUGAGAUGUAAAUAAUAUAUUAAGAGCUCACCAAUAUUAAUAUAAGGCAAGAUUAGAUUUAGGGAAUAGUAAGAGAGCCUACAUAAGCGUGAUAUUUCAUUAUUCAGAAGCAGAAAACCUCAUUAAUAUUCUCUAUAGUGUUUAAUAAUGCAAACAAAGGUGUAAAUAUUCAGCAUUUGAGAGAACCCCAAUAACAAAAUCGUUUUAUCGAGAUAUUGUGAGUCACGUACGAUGUUUAUGAACGAAGUAGACAUCAGAAGCAAAAGGGAAGAAAUCAUAAGGAUUUGCUGAAACGUACUAUUGUAAAUGAAACAUCGCGCUGUUGUAAAGAAAUCGCUUUAUAAAGUGUUUCUGUAGAUAUUUCUGCAUACCUAUAUUUGCUCAGGAUGUCGUGGAGCGUCAAUCGGCAACGUGUGUGCGUCAAACGCCUCUUUGUGCCAAGUGUUCGGUCGACGUAUUUGUAUAUAAUAAUAAAAUAUUUUCUCUGUAGAUGAUAUUUACAUAUAGGUGGUUGUAGUUAAGCGGCUGCUACAGAGUAACAUACGAAUUCGAAAAUGGAAAUUAUGUAUUCGAUUUAUGAAUGAUUUUAAAAUAUAUUUAAGUGUGAUGAGAGGAAUGUUUGCGAAUUAGAUAUUUUACGAGAUUGGCUUAUUAUGUAAAGUUUUUUGGAACGUUCUUUUGAAAUGAUUCCUUUUUGAAUUCGGAUGUGAUUCAUUAUAUAGAGUGUUACCUAAAUCUUAGGAAGAUCGUGUUCGUAGAGCUCCACGUGUGAAUUGUCGGUGAAGACGUCUCAUUAGAGACAUCAUAAUUUUUUUACGAAUUUAUCUUAGAAAAAGAAAUGUUAUUAAUCUUCAAUUCUAUUAUUAUACCCUGGUACGAACAUACAUUUACUAAUUUUUAUUAUUAGCUGUUAAGUAAAGAAUGCUCAUAAAAGUUAAUGUUCUUCCUCAAACGAUCAAAUUCGUCAUAGAUGUCCCAUUCGUUGUUGUAAAUUCCUGAAAUUAAUAUAAAAAAAGAUAAUUAUUAUUGUAUUUAACUACCAAUUAGAAUAAGCAUAGUUGCAUGAUAAUUCGUGUAUAUAAAAUCAAUUUUUGUACAUGUAGAUUUCUAAUUUAACUAUCAUAAUUAUAGUUAGUGACAAACUAAACGAUUAAG